GCUGAGGCAAGAAGCAAAGCAAGACAGACAGCAAGAAGCAAGCAAUAACUGCCACCGACACCACUAUCUCGAUCUGCUGCUUGCCUGUUGGAGAGGCGGUAGCUUGCUUGCUUGCCUGCAGGCACGUUGAUAGGCAGCCAACUAGCCAGAUAGCCAGGCCAACAAGGCAUAACCACAAUAAGAACAGGCCCCGCAGCACAAGGAGACAACCAACCACACACGUUUGCUCGCUGAGCGAUGGAUACAAGCCUUGACGAAGACGCGAGCGGCGACCCGGGCGCCAGCUGGCAAGGUCGCGAUGUAGACAACAACACCGGGCCGCCGAAAGCGCACGCCAACGAGAAGGAUUGGCUGCACUUUUCCGCACCAACCGACACCACACCUCAACUCGUCAACCCGGCGACGGUCCGCGUCGGAUACACGCCAGCGCUCGCUCAACUAUGUGAAGUUGCGGGCCAGCAAGCCGCCCCACAGAGCUCCAGCGCCAUGCAGCACCAACACAACAACACCGGGCCGCCGAAAGCGCACGCCAACGAGAAGGAUUGGCUGCACUUUUCCGCACCAACCGACACCACACCUCAACUCGUCAACCCGGCGACGGUCCGCGUCGGAUACACGCCAGCGCUCGCUCAACUAUGUGAAGUUGCGGGCCAGCAAGCCGCCCCACAGAGCUCCAGCGCCAUGCAGCACCAACACAACAACACCGGGCCGCCGAAAGCGCACGCCAACGAGAAGGAUUGGCUGCACUUUUCCGCACCAACCGACACCACACCUCAACUCGUCAACCCGGCGACGGUCCGCGUCGGAUACACGCCAGCGCUCGCUCAACUAUGUGAAGUUGCGGGCCAGCAAGCCGCCCCACAGAGCUCCAGCGCCAUGCAGCACCAACACAACAACACCGGGCCGCCGAAAGCGCACGCCAACGAGAAGGAGUGGCGACUCUUUGGCACACCAACCGACACCACACCUCAACUAGUCAACCCGGCGACGGUCCGCGUCGGAUACACGCCAACGCACGCUGAGCCAUUUGUGGUUGCGGGCCAGCAAGCCGCCCCACAGAGCUCCAGCGCCAUGCAGCACCAACACAACAACACUGGGCCGCCGAAAGCGCACGCCAACGAGAAGGAGUGGCGACUCUUUGGCACACCAACCGACACCACACCUCAACUACUCAACCCGGCGACGGUCGGUGGCGGAUACACGCCAGCGCACGCUCAACCAUUUGUAGUUGCGGGCCAGCAAGCCGCCCCACAGAGCUCCAGCGCCAUGCAGCACCAACACCACAACACCGGGCCGCCGAAAGCGCACGCCAACGAGAAGGAUUGGCUGCACUUUUCCGCACCAACCGACACCACACCUCAACUACUCAACCCGGCGACGGUCGGUGGCGGGCACACGCCAAUGCGCGCUGAGCCAUUCGCUCGGGCCUCCGCCACAACAGCCGCACCUCAAGCAGCAGUUUUUUCUCCCAACAACACUGAGCACACGCCGGACCGGCCGCAUCCUUACGACUUCCGGCUGCAGCAACAGCUACGUUCGCGCGCGCAGCCACCGCCCUCGCCACCACUCCCAACGCAAACGCAAACGCAGGCGCGCACGCGCACACAAACACAAACGCAAUCGCAUGCACUAACACAACUGCAGCAGGAUGGGAUGGGCCAGCUGGGGACGGUGCGUCGCACGCUGCCACGUGCACAGCUGUUGUCUGGAGAACCCGCGACGUACCCGCUCUUGAGGGACGCACACCCUGUGGCGCGCCAGUUGCUCCGCCGCUCGCCCCCACAGCGCCCGCCGCCAGUGCUGCUGACGCACGGCCAAGCCCGCCAUUCCAUGGCCAUCACGGCGCCGCGUGACUACCAGCAGCAACAAGCACAGCAGCAGCAAGCACCCGCCUCACAGCACUUGCAGCAGCCGCCUCCAGUCGGCAGCAGUGCCCACACACCAGAGCUCGUGCACCGGGAUCACUUUCCACAAAGCCAGCAGCACGACGGCUUUGAUGAAGCCAUCUUAGCUGGCGUGCAUGUGCUCUCGACCGCCAACAAGGCGCAGGUUCUCGCGAGCGUGGUGCAGCUUAUGGAGCGGCGAUACCUCCCCAUUGCUGCAGGCAUCCUGGGGCCUCUCUUCCCCAUCGAGGACUACCUGCCGCAAGCCGACGCCGAGGAAUGGUGCCGUUGCCGCGACGAUGCAGCAGAGCGCGAGCGGCAGGCACAAACCAGAAACGCGCUGUUUGAGGCGGCACGCGACCGGGGCAACCGCAGGGACCACGUCACGGAGGAGCAGCUCCUCGUCCUUGCUGACGUCAUUCUGGAGCUCGCCUUGCCCGACAUGAAGGAGAUGAUGUUCAUGCUGCCAAACGCCCACUUUGCGGCGCUCAACGACAGCAUCAACGCCUCCCGCCUCUUCGGUGACCUCAAGCACGAGCGUCACCUGAAGAAGAAGCGGGAAGGUCGGCGGCGCAGGAGCCACCGCAACCGGGACUGAAGCGAAUGCUGUCAGUCACAAAGGGGCAAUUUCCCCCUCGAUCUUUUUAAGAUCGAACUCCUUGUGAGUUCUAUCCAACCUUUCUCUUUUUCCUAAUUGAUCAACAGUAUUGUUGUGUGUGUGUGUGUAUGCGUGUUUGUAGAUGCGUGCAUGUUUCCUGUAGAUGCUUGAUGAUGGUGUGAUGAACGAACAUGUUGUUUCGUUCGUCUCUCUUGGGUGGAAGAGCGCUUGCCCUCCGCCUCUAUCGUUCCUUCUGGAGCGGAGUGCAAGUGCUCCCCGCCCACUUUCUCCCCUAGCUAACCAGUAGAGUACCUUUGAGAUGGUUUCUCUUAUGUUUUGUUUUGUGUGUGUGUGUGUGUGUGUGUGUGUGUGUGUGUGUGUGUGUGUGUGUGUGGUUCUUCUUGCAUGACCCUGUUUGUUUGUCUUUCAUGAGGUUCGACCGUUUGUGAACCGACCUCACUUGCCCUGCUUGUUCUUACACCUGGCUUUCCUACGGCCUCUGUUGCACACUUGCUUGCGUCAACUGCCCGCUGCCCACGCACGUUGCCCUUCUUGUUCACAACCUAAAACGCCCAAAUUGUUUCUUUCUUUCAUUGAUGGGACAAAACACGCGGCUUGUUUGCCCUCGCGCCAAACACCGACUACCAAACAUUCAGACAAAACCA